UAAUUGGUAGGCAAGUGGGACAGAAAUAUUGGUAGCCUGGGAACCAGAGGUCAGAAUUGGCCUCUCUAGAAAGGGAUAGUCCGGUGAGACUGAGCCCUUAAACCUUUAAAUUUUGUCCCUAACCUCUGGAUGCCAGAAUACGAUUAAUGUAGGGCACCCAGUUUGUAUCAUAGAAUCUGAUCGUUGGUGCUAGAAAAGAUAUCAUAUAUUUGGUGUCAGAUGGGAAAUCAUAGAAGGAAUCACAGAAACUUCAACGUGUUGACUAAAUGUCACAUUUAUAUAAUGACUUAAAAGACAUGUAAGAAGUAUCAUAUUUUCAAAAACAUUUAUGAACAUGUUAAUCCUCUGUUCUGUAAUAGCUCAGUGAUAGCACCAGACAUACACUAAUCAUGCAUUUGAUGCCUACAGUAGCAGCAUGAGAUAGGCACCAUAAAUGUUGCCAUUUUACACAUAAAGACACUGAAACUGAAGGAAGUUGAAUCUUUGUUGAAGGCUAUCUGAGUGGUCAGGUUAUAGCUCUGAGGUCAGAGGUCAACCUGAGGUGACUCAUCUUCAGGGAAGGGAAGGGAGGACACAGCUCCACCUUUCCAUCCUCACCAUGAUCACCUUGAUCUCAGAUCCUCCCUCUUUUCACAGGCGCCCAUGGUAGCAGCAACCUUUAUGGUCCCUGGACAGUACCUCCCCAGAUGUCAUCCCACCCCUGGUCCUGACACACAGAUACGGGAGACACAGUUGUCCUGGGGUUCUUGGGCCUCAGUUCUGGCCCUGGGGUCACCUCAGGCACAGGACCCUCUUUAGAGAGGCCAGUUCUGGUCUCUGGUUUCCAGGCUACCAGUACUUCUGUCCCACUUGCCUACAAACUCAGGGAUUCCCAUGAACCCCCUCCUCAGUUUUGAUAGUGGUACUGAGGUGGUCUCAUGUGUCCAGUGGAGAAGAUGAGGUGGUGAGAUGUUCCCGGGACUGGAGCCAGCCUGUCCAUGUGCCUGGAGGGCCAUGUGACCUUUGAGGACGUGGCAGUGUCCUUCUCCCAGGAGGAGUGGGGGCUCCUCGGCGAGGCUCAGAGACUCCUGUACUAUGACGUCAUGCUGGAGAACCUGUCCCUGGUAGCCUCCCUGGGUUGUUGGCAGGGAGGAGAAGCUGAGAAGGCCAUUUCUAAACAGUGUGUUUCUGUAGAGCAAGUGACACGAGACAGGAAUCCACAGCCAGACCCUUCUGUCUUGAAGACUCUCGCUUCCAGUAUGUGUGCCCUGGUAGAGAAAGAUGAUCUGUACCUGGCUGACACUGUGUUCAGGUGCGGAGAGAUUGAGAAGACUUUCCUUGGCAGCCUGGCCUUUCUCCAGCACUAUUCUUCCCACGAUGGACAGCAUCCAUACAGAAGCAGGCAGAGGAGAGAGGUCUCUCACUCUGGGCAAGGACAUUACAAGUGCAGUGUAUGUGGCAAAGCCUUCAGUAAGAAGUACAAAUUCACGGAGCACUGGAGAGUUCACACUGGAGAAAAACCUUAUUUGUGCAGUGACUGCGGGAAGUUCUUUAGACAGAGCUCCAGUCUUAUUCACCAUCGUAAAGUUCACACAGGAGAAAGGCCUUAUGAGUGCUGUAACUGUGGGAAAGUCUUUGUCCACAAAUAUAAACUUUUUGAACACCAGAGAACCCACACUGGAAAAAGACCCUAUGAGUGUACUGAAUGUGGGAAAGCCUUCGCCCGCAAGGAUUCACUUGUCCAGCAUCAAAAAAUCCACACUGGAGAGAAUCCUCAUAAGUGCAGUGAGUGUGGGAAGUGCUUCCUGUACAGAAAUAACCUUCUUGCUCACCAGAGGAUCCAUACUGGAGAAAAGCCUUAUGGGUGUAGCAAAUGUGGUAAGUCUUUCAUCUUCAAAAUAAGGCUGCUUUAUCACCAGCGAGUCCACACUGGAGAAAAACCUUUUAUGUGCAGUGAAUGUGGGAAAGCCUAUGUCUACAAAGGAAGUCUUGUUGUGCAUAAGAGAAUUCAUACUUUGGAGAAGGCUUAUGGGUGUAACAAAUGUGGAAAAUUGUUUACAACCAGUUUCGCCCUCAACAGACAUGAGAAUAUUCACACUGCACAAAGGCAUUACCAGUGCACUGAAUGUGGGAAAGCUCUCAAUGGCAAAGUUAAACUCGAUGAGCACCAGAGAACCCACACUGGAGAAAGACCCUAUAAGUGUAACAAAUGUGAGAAAGCCUUCAUGCGCAAGGCUACACUUGUUCAACACCAAAAAGUCCACACUGGAGUAAAGCCUUUUAAAUGCAGUGAAUGUGGGAAGCCCUUCACUUACAAAACAAGUCUUGUUGUCCACCAGAGAAUCCAUACUAGAUGAAAGCCUCAUGAGCAUAGUUCUUUGUAGGCAGCUCCAAGUUCAUAAAAAACAGGAAAGUUCACACUUGGGAAGUGCCCUUCUGAACUUAGGCUUGCCUUCAUUCAAGUUAACAUCUGGUAGCACAACUCCUGUGUUGUAGAGUAGGUGGAUGUACAACUUGCGUGGGGUCACUCAACCUUUUCUAAAGUGGUUAAAUCUUUUUACAGUCUCACCAGAAGCACUAAAAUCCAAGUUUCUGUUCUUUCCAUUCUUGCCAACACUUGGUGUGUUUGGGCUUUCUCAUUUCUGUGAUGUCAUAGCUGUAUCCAGCGAUUUGAAGUAGCAUUUUCCUAUUGUCAUGAUGCUGAGUCAUUUUCAAUGUGUUAAUUUCCACCCAUAUAUCAUUAUUGAAAUUGCUGUUCAUAUGAUUUGCCCUCUUAAUUACUGACUUGAUGUUUCUUCAUGGAUUAUUGAUUAAGGUACUCUACUGGAAAUAUUUACCAGUAUUCCUCCAGACUUGGUCAUCUCAGUUCAGUCACAUUUCCAGAGAAAGAGUUUAUUUUUUUUGGCCAUGCUGCUGGGCAUGAGGGAUCUUAGUUCCCCAACCAAGGAUCACACCUGUGCCUCCAGCAGUGGGAGCACAGAGUGCUAACCACUGUACCACCUGAGAAUUCCCAAAACACUUUAAUUUUAGUGUAGUUUGUCUAUUUAUUCUUUUACUGAUUAUUCCUUUGGUAUUGUAAAUAAGAAAUGUUUCCCAAAUUUAAAGACAGAAUUUUUCCUAUAUUUCCUUCUGUAACUUUUAAAUUUAGGUUUCUUAAUGAUAUUAAUAAGCCAUCCUCAGUUGAUUUGGAAAGUUAUUUUUUAAAAAAUAUGGGUACCCAAUUGCUGCAGUGAUAUUGAUUUAAAAUAGUAUAGCUUAUUUCUUAAAUUGCUUUAGUAUUUUCAUGGAAGGUCAAUCAUGUAUGUAUAUGUCUAUUUCUGGACUUUCUCUUCAGUUGCAUUUAUCCACUUUAUUUAUGCCAGUACUUUCAUGUGUUGAAUAAUUUACUUUUAACAAUAAUAUGUCUUGAUCUCAAGGUUGUGCACUCCUUGGACUUUCUUUUUUUUUUUUUCUUGGACUUUCUUUAUCCAAGUUAUUAUGGCCAUUCUUUGUCCUUUGCCUUUCCAUAUGACGUUUGUUUGGCUGCUUAGCGUAUGGAAUCUUAGUUCUCUGAGCAGGAAUUGAACCUGUACCCUUGGCAAUGGAAGUGCAGAGUUCUAACCACUGCAUUGCCAGGGAAUUCCCCCGUAUGAAGUUUAGAAUCCACUUUUCAAUUUGUGCAUAACAAAAAUUCCCGCUAGAAUUUUGAUUGGGAUUGCAUUUAAUCUUCAAUAUGGUGAUGCAGUGGUAAAGAAUCUGCCUGUCAAUGCAGGGGACCUAAGAGACUUGGGUUCCAUCCCUGGGUUGGGAAUAUCCUCCGGAGUAGGAAAUUGCAACCCUCUCCACUAUUCUUGUCUGGGAAAUCCCAUGGACAGAGGAGCAUUUUGGGCUACAGUCCAUGGGGGUCACAAAGAGUCAAACAUGACUGGCAACUAAGCACACACACACAUAGAAGAAAGACUGUUUCCCAACCUAUAAACAUAAUGUAUCUUUUUAUUUAGAUCUUUAGUUUUGUUAGCAGUGUUUUUUAGUUUUCCCUUUGUAAAUCUUAAACAUUUCCAGGUAUUUUCUACAUGUGAUGAUACUGAAUGGAGAAGUCCUCAAUUUGUAGAUUGUUCAUACCUAUUACACUUAGAUAUCAAAGUAAGGGUAGAAGUGGUCAUUCUUGUUUUUGUGCUUUGUUUUUUCCCUUGGUUUUUUUUUUUUUUUUUUUGGACCGCUUGUGAAAUCUCAGUUCCCCAACCAGGGCUUGAACCCAGGACACAGCAGUGAAAGUCCUAACCACUAGGCCACCAGGGAACUCCCUAGUAGUGAUCUUCCUUAAUCUUAUAAAUAACAUCUACAUAAAGCUAUUAGAAAGACUGUAACUUUGAACAUUGUUAAAAUAUCCCCAUUAGAAUAAAAGGAGGACAGUGGGUUCUAGUGUCAUCCUGGAGUUCCAGUUUCAUUCAGUAAGACAAAAUAAUGACUGCAGCAAUUGGAAAAGAUGAAAUAAACCACCUAAAAUACACCCUCAGUUUCCAUCUUCAUUAGAAGUCCAAAUACCAACACUCAGUUCAGUGCCUCAACCCAUCAUGAACUCCUGAUUUUUUCAUCAUCCGUUUGCUGCCCUUCUUAACUUCCUUAGGACCCAUCACCAUCCAUUAUACUAUGCAACUUAAUGUCAUAGAUGAGCUGCUUAUUGUAUUUUCUAACAAAUACAGAGUAAGUUCCAGUAGGAAAAUAUGUGUUUACAUGUUGUACAUUAAUACAUUCCAUAUUCCUAGAAACAUGUCUGAAACACCGACAGGUAUCAAGGUCUUGAAAUAGAUAAUAAGAUGAAAACACACAUUUCGUGUUCAUUUGCACAACUGUGGAUAUACUUGCUAACUCUCACCCUGCUUUUUGCUGUAUGUUUCUAGAAACUUGUCCAUUUCUUCUAGGUUGUUGAAUUUAUUGGCUUAUGAUUGUUCAUAGUAUUUUCUUAAGAUUUUUUGUUUGUUUUUCUAUAGUAUCAGUUGUUACUUCUCCUCUUUGAUUUCUUAUUUUGUUUAUCUGGGUUGUCUCUCUUUUCUUUUUGGUGAGCCUGACUAGAGGUUUUUUAUUUUGUUUAUCCUUUCAAAAAAAUUAUCUCCUGGUCUUAUGAAUCUUUGUCUUUAAAAAAAAAAAAAAACACACAAAAAACACCUGUUUAUUUCUUUUACAUUUAUAAUUUUCUUCCUUCUGCUGACUUUGGGUUUUGCUCUUUUUUUUUUAAAUUGUUUUAGGUGGUUGGUUAGGUUGAUCUUUUGACAUUUUGUUUGUUUCUGGAGGAAGGCCUAUAUCACUAUGAACUUCCCUCUUAGAACUGCUUUUGCUGAAUCCAAUAGAGUUUUAUAAGGCUGUGUUUUCAUUGUCAUUUUUCUUGAGAUAUUUUCUGAUUCCCUGUCUGAUUUCAUCAUCGACCCAUAGGUUUUUAAGCAGCAUUUUGCUUAGUUUCCAUGUAAUUUUUUUUUCCCCUCAUUUUUGUUUCUGUGAUUGAUUUUCUGAGUUUAUACUAUUAUGCUCAGAAAAGAUGCUUUAAAUUUCUGUCCUCUCAAAUUUGUUGAGGCUUGUUUUGUGAGGUAGUGUGUAGUCUAUGCUAGAGAAUGUUCCAUGCACACUUGAAUAUAUAUUCUGGUUCUUUAAGGAAAAAAAAAAAAAAAAAAAAAUCCCAGGAAACUAAAGUCCAGGACUGGACUGCUUCACAGAGGAGUUCUACUAAACAUAUAAAGAAGAGCUAAUAUGACUUCUUCUCAAACUGUCCCAAAAAACUAAAGAGGAUGAAACACACUGAAAUUUAUUCUACAAUGUCAUUCAUUAUUGCCCUGAUACCAAAACCAGUCAAACACACUAUAAAAAAGAAAAAGAAAAUUAAAAGUAGGGACAGGGGACAAAUUCUGAUCCUGAGU